AUGAGGAUAACAUGUCUCGCGAGUUGUGUUCUUAACCAGUGGGCCCUCGACUUCGAAGGCAACGUUAAAAGGGUGAAAGCCUCAAUUCAACAAGCCAAGCAAAGAGGUGCUCGGUACCGACUCGGACCCGAGCUUGAGUUGCCGGGUUAUGGGUGCGAAGAUCACUUCCUUGAACUGGACACAACGGAGCACUCGUGGGAAAGCCUCGUCGAACUAUUGAAUGGAGACGAAACCGACGACAUAGUCUGCGACGUCGGCAUGCCUGUCAUUCACGGAGGGGUCCGGUAUAAUUGCAGAGUCUUUGUGCUGAACCGCAAGAUUCUCUUUAUUCGCCCCAAGCUCUGCCUCGCCAACGACGGAAACUACAGAGAGUCGCGCUGGUUUACGGCAUGGCAACACCAAAAGAAGAUUGAGGAUCAUCAGUUACCUCCCGCGAUCGUUGCCGUGACCGGUCAGUCCUACGUUCCUUUCGGCGAUGCGAUACUCACUUUCAUCGACGCUAGCAUGGGAAGUGAAACUUGUGAAGAACUGUUCACCCCAGCCGCCCCGCACAUUCAGAUGGCACUGAACGGAGUUGAGGUCAUCAGCAACGGCAGCGGCAGUCAUCAUCAGCUCCGUAAACUAAACACUCGGACGGAUCUCAUUCGUUCGGCUACAGGAAAGUGCGGUGGUGUUUAUAUGUACGCAAAUCAACGUGGAUGCGACGGUGGGCGCCUUUAUUACGACGGCUGCGCGUGCAUCGCAGUUAACGGGGAAAUCGUCGCACAAGGAGAACAGUUUGCGAUUCAAGAAGUCGAGGUGGUGACUGCUAACGUUGAUCUAGAUGCCGUGGUUGGAUUUCGCGGUGCUUUCCAGAGUAUGGCGGUACAAGCCUCAGCGAGUGACAAGUAUCCGACGAUACGCGUCCCGUUCACUUUAUGCCCAACGGAUUAUGUCUCGCAAGUACCACAUCCCCCGUGUGAGAUUCGCUAUCAUUUACCACAGGAAGAGAUUGCACUCGGGCCGGCAUGCUGGCUCUGGGAUUAUCUUCGCCGUUCAGGUGCGAGUGGAUACCUCUUACCUCUUUCUGGUGGUGCCGACAGCUCCUCGACAGCUGCGAUUGUUGGUUCAAUGUGCCAGCUAGCAACAGCAGCAGCAAUAUCAGGGGAUGAUGUAGCCGCUGCAGACAUUCGCCGAAUCGCUCGAAUUGAAGGAACCGAUUCUCUUCCGUCGGCGAAAGAGCUGGCCCGGAUCUUGUUUCAGACGGUCUACCUGGGCAGCGAGAACAGCAGCGCUGCGACAAGGAGUCGUUCCUCCGCACUGGCUGCUGAGAUUGGGGCUUCUCAUCUCGAUGUCAGGAUCGAUGCCGUGGUCGCAGCAGUGAUUGCAUUUUUCACCUCUGUGACGCAGAAGACACCCAAGUUCAAGGUCGACGGAGGUAGCGAUGUGGAAAACUUAGCUCUGCAGAACAUUCAGGCGAGGAUCCGCAUGGUUCUCUCAUUUGUGCUGGCUCAACUGAUGCCUUGGGUUCGGGGUCGAGGUGGGUUUUUGUUGGUUCUUGGAAGUGCAAACGUGGACGAGGGACUUCGCGGUUACAUGACGAAGUAUGACUGUUCAUCGGCAGAUAUCAACCCUAUUGGUGGCAUUAGCAAGAGAGACCUUCGGUCUUUCCUGCGCUGGGGGGCAGACAAGUUGGGCUACCCAACUCUCGCAUUGGUUGAGGAAGCACCGCCCACCGCCGAGUUGGAGCCCAUCCGUGAUGAUUACGUUCAAACAGACGAAGAGGAUAUGGGGAUGACGUACGAGGAGCUCGGAGUGUUUGGUCGCCUGCGCAAAAUAUCUAGGCUCGGACCGGUUGAGAUGUUCAAGCGACUGUUGCACGAGUGGAAACACCGGGCGUCUCCCGAAGAAAUUGCCGCGAAGGUGAAGAGCUUCUUCUUCUACUAUUCAUCUAACCGUCACAAGAUGACAACGCUGACGCCGUCGUACCACGCGGAGAACUACUCGCCUGAGGACAAUAGGUUUGACCUCCGGCCAUUUCUGUAUAACGUCAAGUGGCCAUGGCAGUUCAGGAAGAUAGAUGAGGUUGUGAUGGCUCGAGAAAGAAGUUAUCAGGAAAGCAUCUAA